GUGUUGUUAACCAAAUUAAAGCGGGCGACCCAAUCAGAUCCUGCAGCGCGUGUUCCCGAUGAAACCCGGUGAUGAUUAGGAGAUGUUGGCCAUUCUUCCGAGGGAAAUGCUUUCAUAUCUAUGUCACCGAUGACAUAUGGAAGACGAUCGCCCUUGCCAACCCCUAUAAAGAUUUUUCUCCCUGAGUGGGUGCGGGUUGUCGAGGGCGUCUCCGUGUCACUCAGUUAAGAGUUGGGGUGUCCGCUGAUGUCAGGAGACGCUGAUCCGCCGCUGAGGAGGAGCGAGAGCUGCCAACAUGUGACAGGGAGCAGUCGACUGGUUUCUGCACUCCCGUCUGGCCAUUAAAGAAGAAAACUCCGACGCAGGCUCAACUUUGCGCUCAUGCGUUCUCCGGGAACUCCGCAUACAACGUGUUUUUUCUUUUUUUUUUCCUCCGCUCCCCUCUUCUCCGUCUUCUUCCUAACGAGCUCUGUAAUGUCCUGUUAAUUUUGUGUGCACUAGUUAAUGAGCAUUAAUCCAUCACCCCUGGAUGCUAUUGUUGCUUGGGGGAUGGCCAUUUGAAUGCAAAUGCAUGACACUGUGACAGCAAGGUGCUUAUUAAACUGAUGUGUCCUCCUGUCUUUUCUGCUGGGAGCUCAGUAGAGUGAAAAGACGCGGGGCAGCUGGAGAGGCGGCUCGGACUAUACCGGGAGUUGCUCACCCCAAGUUCUGCGCGGCUGCAAACAAAAACAAAACGACAACAAAAUGGCAAGUUCUGCCUCUUUGGAGACGGUGAUGUCCUGUGCCAGGACCGGACCGUCCGCGCCUCCAAAAACCCUGGCCUUUUCCAUAGACCGGAUCAUGUCCAAAAACUCCGAGCCGAAGGGGAGCGCGGAGGAGCGGUCGGAAGGGAAGAAGCUGCUGGGGCUCUGCUCCCCGAUACCAUGCAUGAUCCCGCUGCAGCCCUUCAGCUACGACCUCCAAACCAAGGCGCUGAUGAACUACUCGGAGCUCUGGAGAGCCAGCUUCAGGGGGACUUUUUGCGGCUCUGCGGCCGCUCAGUGCCAAGGGAACUGCGGCAUGUGCGGGAAAGUGGACCCGGGCUUGAAGCAGCCGCUGUUGACGUCGGGGAGCAGGGUGGUGAAACCGCAAGUCAUCCACCAGACAGUCGCCGUGCCAAGUGGCGGCUCGCUCUACUAUCUCAACUACCUGGACUCCGCGUACCAGCAGUCGGAGCUGUUAGCCGGACACUGGUUCUCCAGCCCGCAGGCCCAGGCCUCUCUGUCGGCGCACCACAGACUCUUACUUUUGGAGAACGCCAAGCUGGCCAAGGUUGGCGCGGACAAGCUGCCCACGCCCCAAUAUCCGCACAAGGAGCACCUACCGGGGCAGCUGGACCAGAUAGUCAAAGAAAACCACGGCCUGAGCAGCGAGAAGAACGGCGUGAAGACGCACAGCAAACUCAGCGGCGGCGCCAGCGCCGACGGAAAACCCAAAAACUUCACCUGUGAAGUGUGUGGCAAGGUGUUUAACGCACAUUACAAUCUGACCAGACACAUGCCGGUGCACACCGGGGCCCGGCCCUUCGUGUGCAAGGUGUGCGGGAAGGGAUUCCGUCAGGCCAGCACGCUGUGCAGGCACAAGAUUAUCCACACACAGGAAAAACCUCAUAAAUGCAACCAGUGUGGGAAAGCGUUCAACAGAAGCUCCACGCUCAACACUCACGUACGGAUCCACGCCGGCUACAAACCUUUUGUCUGCGAGUUCUGCGGGAAAGGAUUCCAUCAAAAAGGAAACUACAAGAACCAUAAGCUGACGCACAGCGGGGAGAAGCAGUACAAGUGCUCCAUCUGCAACAAGGCCUUCCACCAGAUCUACAACUUGACGUUCCACAUGCACACGCACAACGACAAGAAGCCCUUCACCUGCGCCACCUGCGGCAAAGGCUUCUGUCGAAACUUCGACCUGAAGAAACACAUCAGGAAGCUGCACGACAGCGUCUUCUCCGCGGCGUCAGAGGCCUCCAGAGAGCCGCAGAGCUGAGCGCGUCCGGACUCUAAAGACACGGAGCGGUACGGAGCGGAACGGGACGCGCGAUCUGUGGCCAAACUCCAGCUGUUUGGAGACAAGAUCGGGGACAUCCUGGAAGAAGAGCUGUGGUAAAAAAAAAACAUUGCCCCAGCAGGAGGAAAAAAAAAAGAACAAAACCAGAACAACAUCAACGUUAUAGAUUCUUUCUUCUUUUUUUUUUCUUUUUUUUUUUGGCUUUUGUUUCGUCUCCAGACUGCGUUUUCUUUUUUCAAGCGGAGACCUGACUCCACUGUAAAUAAUAGGUUAUGGAAAAUUAAAAGUUAUUUAAGAUGCCUGGACAGCGCAUUGCCAUGUUAUGUAUUACACGGGAAAUCUGUUAAUGUGAAUAAAUAAGUUAUAACUUAUGACGAGAAGUGAAUGUUUGAGCUAUGUUGUUUCGACUUUUUUUUUUUUUGAAUGGAUUUGAAAAUAAAAAUGAAU